AUGGGAGAUAUUAUCAAUUGCACGAGAUUUCUCUGUCGAACUGAUGAUUUAGUUCCAUUACCAACCGAACCAAUAGAGAUACCUCGAAUUCCUCUUGUUUCAAUUGCAUAUCGUGUUGGAAGUCUUUUGAAUGCGUUUGGUGAGAAAACAAACGAACAACAUGUGAUGAAUGCUCUCCAAGCAGCAGUUCGUCAAUGGAAACAACAAGAAAUAUCUGUUGACAUUUGUGAUUUUACGUCGUAUCCGAAGUUAGACGUUUUUCCACCCAAAUAUGUCAUCUUUCUGGAGUUAACCGAGAAUGAAGAACGUAAAAUUGAUGCGCAACAACUUCGAUUUCUUCAAAAUACGGUCAGUUCAGAAGUCGAACAACAACUUUGCAAGGCAAACGAAUAUUAUAAAGAUUACCGAAGCACAUCAAAACUUGAUCCUGUUACUUGUAUUCUUGUUCAAAAAGGAACAUUCUCAACUUUCAUGCGUAAGAUCUUAUUGACCGAGCGUGUGAGUCCGACACAAGUCAAACCACAUCGGUUGUUAAAGAAUGAACAUCACAUUCAAUUCUUUUAUGACAAUCAAAUUGACACAUCUGCAUCCUAA